AUGCCUGCGAUCGGACUGGAGAUACUCGGAGUGGCUCUGGCCGUCCUGGGAUGGAUCUCUGCCAUCGUGUCCUGCGCCUUGCCCAUGUGGAGGGUGUCGGCUUUCAUCGGGGUGAACAUCGUCACAGCUCAGACCAUCUGGGAAGGAAUCUGGAUGAGCUGCGUGGUGCAGAGCACGGGCCAGAUGCAGUGUAAGGUCUAUGACUCCAUGCUGGCUCUGAGCGCCGACCUCCAGGCCGCGCGCGCUCUCACCGUUAUUUCCAUUGUGGUGGGCAUCGUGGGGGUGCUGGUGGCCGUCGUCGGGGCGAAGUGCACCAACUGUGUGGAGGACAAGGCGGCCAAGGCGCGGGUGAUGAUCGCCGCCGGGGUGGCCUUUAUCCUGGCCUCUCUGACCCAGCUGAUCCCGGUGUCCUGGUCGGCCCACAGCAUCGUCAUGGAGUUCUACAGCGUGGUGACCCCCGAGGCGCAGAAGAGGGAGAUAGGUGCUGCUUUGUACCUGGGCUGGGCAGCAGCUGCCUUUCUGUUGAUAGGAGGGUGCAUCCUCUGCUGCAGCUGCCCCCCGCAAGCUGAAAAGAGGUACGGCCCCCCGUCGAGGAUGGUGUACUCCCCGACGAGGUCGCUGGCCCCAAGCGGCUACGACAAGAGAGACUAUGUCUGA